CGUUACGACUAUGACGAUCAUGAUCAGAUGAUGAAAGCCAAGUACUUCCACGGCAAAGAUGAAUUGAAGCUGACCCCUCUGACGCACAGAAGCUUUGCACGAGAGAUCCCGUCGAUCGAUGAGCCAAAUUCGAAGAGAAUUUGGGAUACAUUGACAGCAAGUGAUUUUCUGAGUACAGACUGUACCAAUCCAGGCCUUUGCCAUGGUCGGCAGGGAAGCAAGUCGAUGUUUAAGACGUUUGUUCAACGGCAUCGUUUCAACAAACACCUGGAGACUAUGCUAUCGAAAGCGAUCGUCGAUAGGAAGGCGUUGAGUGAGAAGGAUCUUAUGGAUAAAUGCCAAAGAUGGAUCGAAGGAUCUCACGUGGUGAUCGACAGAUGUGAAAGUGUGAAAAAAACCUUGAAUCACAAUCGUGUGCUAGGAAACAAUCCUCAAGGUCCAUUGUCCACCUUACAAGAAGAAUUCGUUAGUGUCCUGAGGAGUUUCGCCAAUUACAUUCCAGACAUUGUACGUGUGUUGACACAUCAUUUCGCGACGGCUCUUGGACGGUCGGCUGGAGAUGUUCAAUCGUACGAGAUCGAUGCGAACGGAAAUCAUCGAAUGUUUUACACCGGAUUCACACGUUACCGUAUGGAGUACCGUGAAGGCACCAACCAGAUCACCAAAGUGCAUCGCCUGAGUCUCGAUCGUGAGCAGAGUAUAGAACAAUCGUUCGAGAUGGAACACAACAGCGAUGGAGCGGUAGUGAAGGCGGAACACAAAGGUAUUAAGAAAAUCGAGUAUGAUCGUAUUUUGCAUCGUGUUUCGAAGAUCGAGAUGCUCGACGGGCGCAGACUUGAAUACCAGUAUGAUGUUCGGGGUGAGCGCACUUUCAAGAAGGUGAUGAGUGCCAAGGGUUCCGUUUUGCACGAAAAAUACUACAUCAGGAAUGCUGAAGGAAUUGUCCUGGUGGACAUGGAGAUGACUUAUCUGGAGAAUGAUCAGCCACCGGAUGUGCGUGUGACGAGUUACAUCUACAAGGAUCAACAGUUGAUCGGGUUCGUGCGUGACGAUCAACUUUACAGUUUAGUAACCGAUCAUGAAGGAUCGGUACGGGUGGUCAUUAAAGACGGUGAGGUUGUAGCCGCUUAUGACUAUCUUCCUUAUGGUCAGAUAUUCCGGCAAUAUGGGACGGACCUUGAUGGACAAAUAUCUUUCCUGUACACAGGACAGGAAUGGGAGCCCGAGAUUGGGUUGUACAACUACCGAGCGCGACUCUACGACCCUGACAUUGGGAGGUUCUAUCAGAUGGAUCCCAAGGAGCAGUACGCCAGUCCGUACGUGUACGCCGGGAACUCUCCUGUUUCGCUCGUUGAUCCGGAUGGCGAAUUUGCCUUCGCAUUGGCUAUAUUCGUCAUGGCUAUAGUUGGAGCAUAUAUCGGAGCGUCUGCGGCCAAUAAUUCCUGGAAUCCUUUAAAAUGGGAUUGGAAAUCGUCGUCGACUUGGUUGGGAAUGCUUACUGGAGCCAUUACUGGAGCAUCUAUACCGUUCAAUCUGGCUA